UUAUGUUGUAGUAAUUGGUUUAUAAAGAAGCACUUGUUGAACAAUAUUUUUUUCUUAGUUCCCUACAAGAAAUAAAUUAUAUUCUCGUCUUCUAUAUAUAUAUUUGAGAGAGAAGAGAUCAUUGACGAUGGCGAUGAUGACAAGCAACCAUAUUUCUUAUAAUCUUAGGAUCCAACUUACAAAGUCCCACGCCAAUACGAAUUCAUUUUCCUCGAAUUUGUCUGUCUGUAAUCUCAAACAGAACAACUCCCUCCAAUCACUUACUACCUACGCAAGAAUCUUGCCAAACUAUCUCAAGAAACACAAAAGGGAUUUUGCAGUCCACAGCGGCAUGGAUUCUGCUGGAGUUCCACCUCCAGGACCUCCAAAUAUUUUCAGCUGGAUUUUUGGACUGGCUAUUGCAGCUGUGGUACCUUUGAUCAGCUACAAAUGUGGUCCAACCUUCAAAAAAAAACUACUAGCGGCGCUUCAGGUGACGGAAGACGUGGCGGAGACGGUGGAGAAAGUGGCGGAGGAGGUGGAGAAGGUGGCGGAGAACAUCUCCGAUCAUAUUCCGGCCACCGGAGAACUCGGAAAGGCUGUAGACUUUGUUGAAAAUUUUGCUGAGAGAAUAGCCAAGGAUGCUGGAGCAGUUGAUGACUUUAUUGAUAAGGUACAAGAGGUGGAAGGAAAGGCAGAAUCGUUGGCGGAAUCCAUAGAGAAUAAAAUCGAUGAUCCCGCCGCCACAAAAUCCAACGGUCAGGAUGCAGAGGAUCGAAAUUUGGAGAAAUAGACGGUGAUAGAUUAUUAAAUGAGCAAAUAAGAAAUAAUAGUAACAUAGGAUUUAUAACAGUGGGUGAUGGAGAAAUAUAAUAUAUGUACAUCAUUAUUUCAUGAUAAUUAAAUUAAUAAG